AUGCUACCUAUAGCGAGGAACAGCGCACUCUGUGCUAUAAGACAACAGCACAGGAUAUCAUCCCUCCAACGUCUCGCCUCAACCCUCGCCAUCCUCGAACAGCGCGAAGGUGGGCUCAACUCAGGUUCUCUAGGAGCAAUAACAGCAGGUCAGAAGCUCGGAGGAACAAUCCAUGGCUUCAUUGCUGGCAAGAGCGUCAAGAGCAUUGCCGAAGAGGUCGCAAAGGCCAAUGGACUGGAAAAAGUGAUCAUGGUCGAGAACGAAGCAUACGAGCGCAUGUUACCUGAGAAUUAUGCGACGUUACUGGUUGAAAAUAUUAAAAAGGGAGGAUAUACGCAUGUGGUUGUUGGACAUAGCUCUUUUGGAAAGAGUGUGUUGCCACGGGUUGCGGCGUUGUUGGACGUCCAGCAAUUGACAGAUGUUAUGAAGAUUGAGAGUGAGGACACCUUCGUCCGACCUAUCUACGCUGGCAAUGCUAUCCUCACAGUUCAAUCCACCGACCCCAUCAAAUGCUUCACUAUUCGGCAAACCGCCUUUCCACCCACAGCGCUCGAGUCUGGCUCCGCCACCAUCGAAGAAGGCGUCGAUCCCAAAGCCGAAACGCAAACAGAAUGGAUAUCAGAAGAACUAGCCAAGUCUGACAGACCUGAGCUCGCGACCGCAGAGAAAGUCGUCUCGGGCGGACGAGGUCUGAAAUCGAAAGAGGAAUUUGACAAGCUCAUCCCACCACUAGCUGACGCACUAGGCGCUGCAAUCGGUGCUUCAAGAGCAGCUGUAGACAGUGGCUUUGCAGACAACAGUUUACAAGUUGGACAAACGGGAAAGAACGUGGCGCCUCAGUUGUAUCUGUGUGCGGGUAUCAGUGGUGCGAUCCAGCAUCUGGCAGGAAUGAAGGACAGCAAGGUCAUCGCGUGUAUCAACAAAGAUGCGGACGCGCCAAUAUUUCAGGUCGCAGAUGUCGGAUUAGUGGGAGAUCUGUUUGAUAAGGUGCCUGAGUUGACGGAGAAGCUGAAGAAAUAG